AUAGUGAAAUCAAACGACGCUACUUCAGUUUUGUCAUGCACCUUGUUGAGAGAGAGCUAAUCCCGAAAUCAGUUUUGUCAUGCACCUUGUUGAGAGAGAGCUAAUCCUGAUUUCGGGAUUAGCAUCAGCCGCUGGACCUGAUAGGGGCAGUUCUGUCCUAUCGGGUCCCUAUAUGUGCUUUAGGGUUUGUUCUCUUGUAAUGGGGGCAUUCUAGUCCUUGUACACAUUAUUUUUAAUCUUUAUAUACUAAGGAUUCCUGCGAUCAGCCUCAUUCUGGACUGAUCGCAGGCUGCUCUCACCUUGAGGCUCUCUAUGGUUUCUCCUUUCUCUUUUUUUUUGGUUUUACUGGUUUGGUUACAGGAAUCUGGGAUUGUAACAUGGUAUCAGAGCUUUUGUAAUCAAAUCAAGGUUUUGCAUCAUCAUUCUCUGCUGAUCUCAACCCUGCGCUACUCCUCUUUGGUUUUUAAUGGCUGCCGCCCCUGUGUGAUGUGUUUUUGACAGCUGCCCUAUGUGUGAAGCUCUACUACUUCACGGUUUAAUGUGCUAUUGGUUUACUACUUCUCUACAUACUCUACUAGGCUUUUGAAGCCUCCUUUUGCUGCUCCUAUCAAGGUCGACACUACCAUACCAACCCCCCUAUCGGUUGGAUAUUUUUUUGGUUUCUUGGGGUCCGAUUGCACUUUGGAUGCUAUUUAUCAGAUCUGGUUGGUGAGUUCUACUUCGUUGAUUGUCUCUGCACUACAUACUUGUCAGUAAUUCUUGCUCUCAUGGCUGAGACCAAGGUUACUACCCCUGCCAUUACCUCCUCUGCAUCGGACAAUGUAAAUGUCUAGAUUACUUUUAUCAAGCUUAAAGGAAGCUCGAAUUACCUUCUUUGGGCUCAAUCAGUCAAAGUUUAUCUGAUGGCGAAGGAUAAGCUUGAUUACACGACCUCUGAUCCUCCCAAAGAAUUUGACACUGGUUACGCUCAAUGGCAGAAAGAGAAUGCAUUAAUCUUAAUUUGGUUAUGGAAUAGUAUGGAACCAUAUGUGGCUGCUAAUGUCAUGUUACACUCUAUUGCCAAGGGAGUGUGGAAUGACUUGAAGGAGACCUACUCUCAGGAGAAGAACAUGACCCGUAUCUAUGAUAUCUAUGAAAAACUGUUUCAAUUUCGCCAGUCGGAUAAGCCACUUUCCGAAUAUUAUAGUACUUUCAGAGGUAUGGUUGAAGAACUCAAUGUCUUCCAACCCUUGACCGUUGACAUUGAUAAAUUGAAGGCUCAGCGUAACGAGUUCUUCGUCGCUAAAUUCUUGGCUGGUUUGAACAAUGACUUGAAGGCAGUGAAGGGUCACUUACUUGCAGGGGAUACUGUGCCUACUCUGAAUGAUACCUACUCACGACUGCAGCGAAUUCCUUGCUCCACUAAACCUGAUCAGUCUACCAAAGACAAUUCUGCCUUCCAUGCCAACCGUGGACGUGGUCGUGGGGGAGGUCGUGGGUCGGCUGGUCGAGGAUCUGGUGGACAACCUUCUGAUCGUUCAGCUCGCUAGUGCACUUUUUGUGGAAAGCCCAAUCAUACUGUUAAGACUUGUUGGGCAAAUCAUGGCAAACCAGAAUGGGCAACACAAUUAGCUAAUCAUGCAAUGUCUGACGAUGGUACUGACACAAUGGCUCCAGUUGAUCCUAAACCAACACCUUCUUCAGGUGAUUCAGUUACCGGUCUGCGCGAUGACAUCAAUCAGUUGUUCCGACGCUUGCACACUCUUGAGGCAUCCUCUAAUACAUCUAAUGGUGCGUCUACAUCCGCUGCUACUCUAGCUCACACAGGUACUUCAGCCCUUCUUACUACUACAUCUACUCCUUGGAUCAUUGAUUCAGGUACCUCUGCCUAUAUGACCAGUAAGUCACCACUCUUUAAGAAAUUUUCUACUAAUGCCAGUUUCAAUUUGUUAUCCUUGUUAAUGGCACUUCCACACCAGUCUUUGGACAUGGUACUAUUUCACCUAUCCCAUCCAUUAAUUUAUCUUCUGUCUUACAUGUCCUUCAAUUUCCACUAAGUCUUCUCUCUGUAAGUUAAUUAACCUGCUCUUUAAAUUGCUCCGUAACUUUCUUUUCUUCCUACUGUGUA